GACAUCGGCCUGGUGAUAGAAUACCUGAUGGGCGGAGCUUAUCGCUGCAACUACACGCGCAAGCGCUUCCGGACGCUCUACCACAAUCUCUUCGGCCCCAAGAGGCCCAAAGCCUUGAAACUAUUGGGAAUGGAGGAUGACGUUCCUUUGAGGAGAGGAAGAAAGACAACCAAGAAACGUGAAGAAGAGGUAGACAUUGACUUGGACGACCCUGAGAUCAACCACUUUCCUUUCCCUUUCCACGAGCUGAUGGUGUGGGCCGUCCUGAUGAAGCGGCAGAAAAUGGCCUUGUUCUUCUGGCAGCACGGCGAGGAGGCCAUGGCCAAGGCCCUGGUGGCCUGCAAGCUCUGCAAGGCCAUGGCUCAUGAGGCUUCCGAGAACGACAUGGUCGAUGACAUCUCCCAGGAGCUGAACCACAACUCCAGGGACUUUGGCCAGCUGGCCGUGGAGCUCCUAGACCAGUCCUACAAGCAGGAUGAGCAACUGGCCAUGAAGCUGCUGACAUAUGAGCUAAAGAACUGGAGCAACGCCACAUGCCUGCAGCUCGCGGUGGCUGCCAAGCACCGCGACUUCAUCGCGCACACGUGCAGCCAGAUGUUGCUCACAGACAUGUGGAUGGGCCGGCUCCGGAUGCGCAAGAACUCAGGCCUCAAGGUAAUUCUGGGAAUUCUACUUCCUCCUUCAAUUCUCAGCUUGGAGUUCAAGAACAAAGACGACAUGCCUUACAUGACUCAGGCCCAGGAAAUCCAUCUCCAAGAGAAGGAGCCAGAAGAACCAGAAAAGCCCACGAAAGAAAAAGACGAAGAGGAUAUGGAACUGACAGCAAUGUUGGGACGAAGCAACGGGGAAUCUUCCAGGAAGAAGGAUGAAGAAGAAGUUCAGAGCAGGCACCGGUUAAUCCCCUUGGGCAGAAAAAUCUACGAGUUCUACAAUGCCCCCAUCGUGAAGUUCUGGUUCUACACUCUGGCGUACAUCGGAUACCUGAUGCUCUUCAACUAUAUCGUGUUAGUGAAGAUGGAGCGCUGGCCUUCCACCCAGGAAUGGAUCGUCAUUUCCUACAUUUUCACCCUGGGAAUAGAGAAGAUGAGAGAGAUUCUGAUGUCAGAGCCAGGGAAGUUGCUACAGAAAGUGAAGGUGUGGCUGCAGGAGUACUGGAAUGUCACAGACCUCAUAGCCAUCCUUCUGUUCUCUGUUGGAAUGAUCCUUCGUCUCCAAGACCAGCCCUUCAGGAGUGAUGGGAGGGUCAUCUAUUGUGUGAACAUCAUUUAUUGGUACAUCCGUCUGUUAGACAUCUUCGGCGUGAACAAAUACUUGGGCCCAUAUGUAAUGAUGAUUGGAAAAAUGAUGAUAGACAUGAUGUACUUUGUCAUCAUUAUGCUGGUGGUGCUGAUGAGUUUUGGGGUUGCCAGGCAAGCCAUUCUCUUUCCCAAUGAGGAGCCAUCAUGGAAGUUGGCCAAGAACAUCUUCUACAUGCCCUAUUGGAUGAUUUAUGGGGAGGUGUUUGCGGACCAGAUAGACCCUCCCUGUGGACAGAAUGAGACCCGAGAGGACGGCAAAAUAAUUCAGCUGCCUCCCUGCAAGACUGGAGCCUGGAUCGUGCCAGCCAUUAUGGCCUGCUACCUUUUAGUGGCGAACAUCCUGCUGGUCAACCUCCUCAUCGCUGUCUUUAACAAUACGUUUUUUGAGGUAAAAUCAAUAUCCAACCAAGUGUGGAAGUUUCAGAGGUAUCAGCUCAUCAUGACUUUCCACGAAAGGCCAGUUCUGCCCCCACCUCUGAUCAUCUUCAGCCACAUGACCAUGAUAUUCCAGCACCUGUGCUGCCGAUGGAGGAAGCAUGAGGGUGACCCAGAUGAAAGGGACUACGGCCUGAAACUGUUCAUAACUGAUGAUGAGCUCAAGAAAGUGCAUGAUUUUGAAGAGCAGUGCAUAGAGGAAUAUUUCAGAGAAAAGGACGAUCACUUCAACUCGUCCAAUGAUGAGAGGAUACGGGUGACUUCGGAAAGGGUGGAGAACAUGUCCAUGCGACUGGAGGAAGUCAACGAGAGAGAGCACUGCAUGAAGGCUUCGCUCCAGACCGUGGACAUCCGGCUGGCGCAGCUCGAGGACCUCAUCGGGCGCAUGGCCACGGCCCUGGAGCGUCUGACAGGUCUGGAGCGAGCCGAGUCCAACAAAAUCCGUUCUCGGACCUCCUCGGACUGCACGGACGCAGCCUACAUCGUCCGCCAGAGCAGCUUCAACAGCCAGGAGGGGAACACCUUCAAGCUCCAAGAGAGUAUAGACCCUGCAGGUGAGGAGACCAUGUCCCCAACUUCUCCAACCCUAAUGCCCCGUAUGCGAAGCCAUUCUUUCUAUUCGGUCAAUAUGAAAGACAAAGGUGGUAUAGAAAAGUUGGAAAGUCUUUUCAAAGAAAGGUCCCUGAGCCUGCACCGGGCUACUAGUUCCCACUCUCUAGCAAAGGAGUCCAAAACUCCUGCAGCCCCUGCGAACACCUUGGCCAUCGUUCCCGAUUCCAGAAGACCGUCAUCAUGUAUAGACAUCUAUGUCUCGGCCAUGGAUGAGCUCCACUGUGAUAUCGACCCUCUGGACAAUUCCAUGAACAUCCUUGGGCUGGGCGAGCCAAGCUUCUUGGCUCAAGUUCCUUCCACCGCUCCUUCAAGUAGUGCCUAUGCAACUCUCGCACCCACCGACAGGCCUCCAAGCCGGAGCAUCGAUUUCGAGGACGUCACCACCUUGGACACGAGAUCUUUCUCUUCAGACUACACCCACCUCCCAGAGUGCCAAAACCCCUGGGACGCUGACCCCCCCACGUACCACGCCAUCGAGCGCUCCAAAAGCAGCCGCUACCUGCCCAGCACGCCCUUCCUCCUAGAGGAGGCGCCCAUCGUGAAGUCGCACAGCUUUAUGUUUUCUCCCUCGAGGAGCUAUUACGCCAACUUCGGGGUGCCCGUGAAAACGGCGGAAUACACGAGCAUUACAGACUGUAUUGACACCAGGUGUGUCAAUGCCCCUCAAGCGAUUGCCGACAGAGCCACCUUCCCCGGAGGUCUCGGAGGCAAAGUGGAGGACUCCUCUUGCUGCCACCCCGAGCGAGAAGCAGAGCUGAGCCACCCCAGCUCUGACACUGAGGAGAACGAGGCCAAAGGCCGGAGAGCCGCCCUGGCCAUCCCCUCGCAGGAGGGCGAUCACGCAGACAGAACCCUGUCCAACAACAUCACGGUUCCCAAGAUAGAGCGCGCCAACAGCUACUCGGCAGAGGAGCCGAGCGCGCCGUACGCCCACACCAGGAAGAGCUUCUCCAUCAGUGACAAACUCGACCGGCAGCGGAACACAGCCAGCCUGCGGAACCCCUUCCAGAGGAGCAAGUCCUCCAAGCCCGAGGGCCGCGGGGACAGCCUGUCCAUGCGGAGACUGUCCAGAACGUCCGCUUCCCACAGCUUUGAAAGCAAGCACAACUAACCCCUCCUGAGCAGCGUUGCAGGAGGCUCACGAAUGCAGCCCUAGAAUUCUCCCCGAACUCCACCUGCUCCCCUUCCUCGAAACCUACCUGCGUUAGUCUUAGCUGAGCAAAACAAGCAAUGCCUUAGGAGGUGUUCACUCAAAAGUGACUUCUGGGCCGAGAAAGCAUUUGAUCUGGCCCAGUCCCAAACACAGGGGAUAUGUUGUCAUGCUCACCCCGGAUGGGUAGGGAGGGGAAAGAGAGGGAGAAGGAGGGUUGAGAUGAAUGUGUAUCACUAGUCACUUCGGAAAGCCUCGAGCUCUGGGAAGGAAGGGGCUUCACGCAUUCUCCGUGCCAGGAGGCGUCUUGCAAUUUCUGACCGUUAUGAAGAGUUGUAGGAUGCAGGGCUAAAUUGCGAAAUAAAAUAAAAUAAAGUGGCCAGCAUACAAAUGAGAUAUUCUAAACUUCAAUUCUGUUUUCUUUUCACAUUGGCUCCAUCACUGGUGACUGAUGAAGAGCAUCCUUUUU